AGGAUCAGGAUGACCUACAACAAACCACCUCUAUUUUUGCGAUAAAUGAUGCACAAAAUGAGCAUUCCACACUAGAAUAAAAUUUUCUUCGCUCGCCUUGGUCUUUCUUUCUUUGCGCCCUAAAUCUUCACUUCUCAUUAUGUUGCACUACGAAGACAAGCUUUUUCUAUCUCCACCCCAAGCUGCAGUACCUACUAUGCUUGAUCACCACAUUGCGGCACCGAGAAUGAGAUCCAGAGGCACGUGAUUGAUUAUGUCUCAAACUUUUUUUUUGCAUUUUGACAUUCAUCAUGCUGAUUUAUUUCUAAGAACUACCCAAAGUUCGACCUCAAAAUAAAACCGCCGAAGAAGGAGCUAUGAAGCUAGGGAGUGCGCUCCAGCGUCAGAUCCAGGGCAACGAGAAGGACACCCUGAAACCCGUGGCGGACAAGCUGGAGGCUACCCCCUCGGGCGGCGCCCGAAUUUCCCCGAAGAAUAGCUCGGCCUCCAGUGUGGCGUCCGACGGAGAUAUUGCGGAAAGCGACGUGACUUCCAAGAAAAAGAAGAAGAAGGAGGAGAAAGACGCUGCCGCUGCCGCUGCAGCUACAACCCCCGCCGGCCCGCGUGCGAGCGCGGCCAUGGCUGAGCAACCGCCUGUUGCUGGCGGUGAAGGUACAACUGCACCAGCUGAGGAUGCGGCCGUGGUCGUGGCAGACGAGGGGCCCCAGUUAGAGAGCAAGGGGGAGAAGAUAGUAGCAAAUCGCCCCUCGGCUGCGACUGCUGAACCAGCGGGAGACGGAGCUGCACCCGCAGAUGAACAGCAUCAAGAUCCUGGCACAACUACAACACCGGAAGCUGCUGCUGCUGCCCCAAACAAGGUCCAGGUCCCGGAGGAACUGUUGGAAAACACGGCUCCGGACGGGAAGCGACUCCCUCCGGAAAAGGGCCCCAACACCACGCCCGAAUACGUCUCGCAAGCGAUGAAGCAGAUCAACAAUUUGAAGCACGUGAACGCGAGCAUCCGGGGCUCCAACGGGCCGGGGGAAGACACGUUUGAGGCGGUCGCAACCGGAAACACCGAGGAAGCCAUCAAAAUCAACGUGGACAGAAAGUUAUCCAACGACUGCAUAAGUCUAUCGUAGAAGUUGUACGAGGUAGUUGCGCCGUGCUGGAGAAAAUGUGCAACGAACGUACUUAGUGCGGGCCCGGUUGAUGCUACUUACUGGUGUUACAACAUGUUGUUGACAAGAUCGAGUCGUGUCAUCUAUGAAUCAGUAGCAGUGCAAGCAUUUUCAUAUAUAUGAAAUUUUGAUGUCGUGGCUUUGUGUUUGUUUGGUUGCACCCAGCCACCAGAUUUAAAGUUAUGUUAAACCCAAGAUGAACAGACUUUCGAUACUCGUUUUGCCUCGUUGGAUAACAUUCCAUGAAGCGGACGGACACCCAGGAGGAGGAUUAUCAGGGUAUGAAACCCGCCGCCGGGGCGGGGCAGGGAAGCCACCCCAGCGGUGCACCAGAUAUAAGCAAGAGUUUAACGAAGAGUCAGAUCACCGAGGUUGUCACUGCGUCAAACCCGAAAUCCAAACAGAACGUGUCCUACACGCAGACGUCCCUCUCAAAGUACCGCGAGGACGCCAACAGGUCGCACCAGUGGGCCCUGCCCGGCGCAGGGAAGGAUAUGCUGGACGAAGUGGCGCAAAAGUUGAAGACCCGGGACCCCGCCAAAAUCCAGGAGUCGCUUAACAGGCUAAACGAGAAAUUGCAGGAGACAAACCGCGACCAGGCCAUCGACGCGCCGGCCGCGCCGUUAGGCAACGACCCCAUUCAAAGCGACGCGCCGCCACCCUCGGGGAAGGGUGAAGAAGAGCCUGCUAUCCUGUGGAAAAACGUACUACGACCCAGCUCAGAUACAUUGUCAGGCUGGGAAGUCUGCAAGACAAAUCCAAGAGGUUUGUUCUUGAGAGGACUCACACAUGACAACAAGUUUGAUGAUGGCCGCUAUGCAGUCAUAUGCUUAGUCGUGCCUAGCUAGAUUAUUUGCUUCACGGAGCCACUGUUUUACCUUGAUUAUUAGCACGUGACGAACUUCUUUCGCAACCGUGGAUAAGUAGAAAAUUAUGGCUCGCCUGCGGAGCCGCAUGAGACGCAUUCUGAGCAUUCAGCUGUGCAUGACAAUGAAUAUGGGGCCGCGGUUACUAGUACGCUUUUCCACAUGAUAUCUACCAUACCAUAUCGCCCACCCACGACAAUGCAGGACGAGCUCCCCGCGCCGGAGGUGUCGUAUCAACCCCCGGACAAGCCGGCGCCGACGGGGCUGUCAGCCUACGACUCGGCGCCCGCGAAAACGGACUACUUGAAAAACCCCAUAAACCGCAACGUGAACAACCCGGACGGCAAAAUCGCGCUGGGCCCCGGGGGUCCCCUGAAUGCGUAUCCGACCAAGGCAGCCAAUACGGACUACCUGAACCAGAAGAAGGCGAGCAUUUCCCCGGUAGCCGUGACCCCGAUGGGGACGAACACCGCUUACCCGACCAAAGCGGCGGAUACCAAUUAUUUGAGCAUGAACAAAAAUACCGGCACCUCCGCGGGCGCGGUGACGCCGCUGGGAACAACGGGAUAUUAUCCGACGAAAGCGGCGGACACGAACUAUUUGGGGAUGAACAAAGCCGCCGCGGGGGGAAACUCCGCAGCCGCCGUGACCCCGCUGGGAACGACGGGAUAUUACCCGACGAAAGCGGCGGACACCGGGUACUUGAGUACUAUGAAGAACAAAGACGGGGGCACAUCGGCGGGCGCGGUCGUCCCUCUGGGUACCGGAGGGACGGCGUACGCAACGAAACCUGCCGACAUGGGCUAUUUGGGCAAGCAUGUCAACGCAGCGACGAUUGCUGCACCGAGCAGCGGUACAACUGGUGGGCAGCAACAACAGAUUGUCAGCAACUUUGCCGCAGAUAAUUCAUCUCCGGGGGGAGUUGUUCGCGCUUCGGCCGCGGAGAAAAUAUUAAGUGGGCCGAGCACGACGACACCUGGGUAUACUAGUAAUCAGCCCGGCGCAGCAGGAGCCUCUGAUCAGAGUAUGGACUCAUCUGCGGAUAGCGGCGAAGAGGAUACUACAACUACAGAUGCAGCAGGGAGGCGAAUCAAGAAGAAGAAAGAGAAAAAGGAACACAAGCACAAAAAAGAGAAAAAGGAACACCGCCACAAAAGUCCGCAGGUAACCACAACAUCUGCGACGAAAAGCAGGGCGGAGCCGCAGCACUUCAACCGGACAGAUUCGAAUAGUGGUAUGUCCUUGAAGGACCAAAUCGCGAAGAACAAGCAGGCGAAAGUCAAGGCCUGGCCUCAGCCGAAGCCACCGAGUAGCAACGCCGUCGGGAACAACCGCAUGCCCAUGGGGUUGCCGACGAACAAAACCUUCACGCCUCUGGGGUUCAACAAGCCCCUGAAGGGGAUAACGAACGGCGACGGCGCCGGCAACAAGCCCCAGAGACUCGACAUCGAGGCGAUCCGGGCCGGCAUGAAAAAUCCGGCGGUGAAGCAGGAGGGCCCGGAGGACUGGUCGGCGAAAUUGAAGCCCUCGCAGCCGAACGAGAAGCCGAAGGACCGGCAGUGCAGUGUGCACGCGGACGAGGCGGGGCUGCAGGACGAGCAGCGGGUCAACAAGUUCCACGAGCCGCCACCGCAAGACAAUCCGGUCUUCGCGAAGAAAAAGUUAAAAGUCGUCGCGAAAAACUACGACCUCGACGGAUUCGGGAAAAAGGAAGAAACUUCGCAAGCCCCGGCUUUCGCGAAGUUUCAGCUGCGGACCGUGGAAAAGAAGCCGGAGGACCACAACGUCAAAGAGGAGCCGAAGUUGAAUUCGAUGCCGAUCGCCCCGCCCAAAACCGGCUCGCCGGAGAAGACGAACAACUUUAGUCCCUUCCAAAAGCAGCUGGCGCGUGGGGCGGGAGGAGGAAACAUUGUGAUCCCUAGUAAGGGGUUUGAAGACGACAACGUUGAGGUGAUUGUCAGCACAAAUUCGUCCAUGGGCGGAGCAGCAGCGAUAAAUGCCUCCCUGAACAACAAUCAGCAAGAACAGCAGCUGCCGCCGACGAAGUCGGGCGUCCUGUUGCCAACGCCGACGUCCUCGGCGGGGACGGCGGGAUUGCUGUCCCAAACGGCGAGUUUGAACAAGGACCAGGCAGCUGCUACUGCUGCUACAGAACAGGCGAAAAUCACCGGCAGUAUUGCGGAGGAGAAGCGCGCGCCCUUGAAAUUCGGCAAUUUGCAGGCGGAUGCGCCGCUGGAGGGAAUCAACGAGAGUUUUGCGAACAACAAAGCGCGGCCUGCGCCGCAGUCUGCGAGCCCGAUCUUCCAGAAAUCCGACUCGCCGCCCCGAAAGAGCGGCUCCAAAGCGAGCCUGGUGGAUCCCAGCCAGGUUUUGAGCCCCGCACAGCCCCCGAACGAGAUCCAAUCACAAAUAGCCGCCAAUAAAUUGGAAUCCACCGGAAAUCAUGGCGGGAACAAAACUAAGCCACCAGCAGAAGCGGUGGCAGAACCGCAACCGGCGAAAGAAGUGGUGCAGCAGCAGCAAGCACCACCGCCGAAGGCCGCGGAGCCCCCAGCGCCCCCGGUAACGAAAACCCCGCCACCCUACAUGGCGCCCGCGCCAACCGCAAAUCCCGGCGACGGGUCGGACCCGCUACGGGAUCACUUCAUGGCUUUUUUCGAGUCGAACGAGGUCAUGAAGGUGCUAGAGUCGUUUGACAACUUCCAGCAACACUGUGAGCAGCGGCUCCGGGAGAAGAACGUCGAUCCGAAGUCCUUCGAAACGAAGGUGGCGAUGCUCGCCGCCGCCGCGGAACUGUCGGGGCUGAGCUUUCGCAUGAAAAAAGUGAUUAAUGAUUUAGUCCCGAUGAUGAAGAAGCGCAAAGCGUCGAAGCCGCUCAAGGACCCGAACAUGCAGGUCAUUGUGUCCGGCGCGGGGCCCGUGGGCCUGCACACUGCUUUGGACAUCUACAUGCUCGGGUUUGCGAACGUCACGGUGGUCGAGAAGCGGAACACCUUCUCCAGACACAACAUUCUCACGAUGUGGGCCUGCACCGCGGAGCACGUGCAGGUGGUGUAUAACUGCCGGGAAUUUUUCCCGUUGUUCUCGCAUAGAGACAAACUACCACAUUUGGGGACAAGAGAACUGCAAUUAACGUUAUUGAAGUGCGGUUUGCUCGUCGGAGUGAAAUACCUGUACAAUUGGGAGACGAUCGGGCUGGAAGCACCGCCGGUUUCCGGGAGUUCUGGAACGUGGACGGUCGGGCUGAAAAAACCCGCGGGAAGGGUAGAGCCCACCGGGGUGUUAGAUUUGAAGGCCGGAAAGUUCGAAGAUGCCAAGGCGAGGGCAGCAGACGGGGCGUGUGGGAUGAUUGAGGUAUUUUUACAGAGCAGGAUGCUUCACGACCGCAUGGCAUUAUUGUUCGCUGCCUGGCACGAUUCGGCUUCACUUCUAUUAGCUUUUGUAAUAUUAAAGGAAGACAACUAGAUAGUGUUGAUGAUGAGACCUACGUAGCGUAUGUACUUGAAUACUUACUUGACCCUAGCAUCAUUCAAAUAAACCAAUGAACUACGACGUGCCAAGAACCUUGUUCCCUCUACUCACAGGUAAACACGUUCGACCCGACCUUUGCGGUGUCGAAUGGCAAGCUCGCCGCCUCCAAACCUGACAUGACCAUAUCAGCGGACGUGCUAGUUCUCGCGGAGGGGGAGACUAGCGCGAACAGUAAGAAACUCGGGUUCACGAAGAAAAUCCAGAAGUUUUCUCGCGCUAUCGCGAUCGUUCUCAACCUCUGGCGAGAUGCGAAAAACAAGGCCGAGAAUAAGGUGCAAGAUUUCACUGUGCAGGGGGCGUUCAACAGCCCCGCGGCAACGGCGCUGAAAGCAGCUGGGAUUGAUUUCGAAUUUAUGGAAUACCUACGGGGGACAACGCACUACGUCGCGAUUUGCGUUAUGAAAAAGACACUGCUCAGCAAGAAGGUCUGCAAGGAAGAUAUCGGCGGGAAGGAUUUCAUCGGACGGGACAACAUCUCCGAAGAGAACCUGUUCAAACUCGGUAGGGAAAUUGUCACGGCGAUUGGACUUCCAACGACAGUGCCUUUCUGUGAUUUCCACGGGGCGAAGAUGUUUGACUUCGGCUCGAGAAGCUCUCUACCUUUGCCGUUUCGAAUUCUUGGGGAGUCCACCGCAACACCGGGGAAAAUAUUAUCCAUGGACUACUCCGCGGAACCGCGACUCGCCUUUGUCGAGACAAACUUCCUCGAAAAGACCAUCGCCUGGUUGGACCGGACGUGUUUAGAAAGGCGGCACGGCUUGCAAUUCGUCUCGGACACGCAAAAAGCCAGGGAGACAACAACAAUCGAGAAGUUUGAGGCGGAGAAACAAGAGCUAAAGGAGCAAUUGAACGGUUUCAACGCCGACUUAGCGAUGGUGAAGAAGGAGAACCUAUCAAAUGUAAAAAUGUCUGGGUCUGGAAGAAUGCAACUUGUGAUGCUGCGUCUGCAUUAUCCAAAAAUCUGUAUUGCAUGAACAGCAAAAGAGGUCUGGUUUUUGCCACGGCGAGAGGGCAUUUCUCAUGCGGUAUAGGCAUCAGGAUGUCCUCAAAAAAUCUGCGAUGCUAGAGCAUGCAUCACCGACAUCCGGAGUCAUGCAAACUAUGCAUGACACACCUUGCGCCCUUCCAGACCCAGACAUUUUUACAUUUGAUAGAACCCGAACCCGAAAAAACUGCUCCCAAUUUUCCCCGUGGGUGACGCCUUGAUGGAGCCCUUCUGGCCCCAGGGCACGGGCAUAAACCGCGGGUUCCACACGGGAACCGACGCGAGUUUCUGCAUACUACAGUACAACAUGGAUCAGGACUUAUCCCAGGCGUUGCUCUCCGCCGACUUUUGCUACCGACAGAAAUCCUGUUUACUGUUAGGGCCGGAGUUAAACCAGAAAGUGGAGGAUUGGAACAGCCGGCCUUGGAGUCGGUACUUGAACCUCGCCGGGAAUCUCCAGUCCUACACCAUGACCGACCAGGAGCUUGCCACGGUGAAAACUGCGGCCAUCGACCUGGACCAGAAAACCCGGCUGCAGUGCAUCGAAAACCCCUGGCCGGUGAUCCCCAAUUACGUCGGAAAGCCUGGGCCGCUGCAGAAAUUCGUGCUCACCGCGAUAACGCCGGAGGAGGACCGGGAAAAGAUACAGAUUGCCUUUAAGGACGCAUUAUACAUUCCGCGGCCGAUAAAAGCGUUCGGCCGCAGCUGUUGUCCACGAGCGAUCGAGAAAAAGGUGACGAAAAAGGAGCUGAAGGCGGACGCGAAGAACGCCAUGAAGGAAGACAAAGCGGCCAUGAAGGGGCAGGGGAUGGGGUACAGGUAGCGACAGCUAGGUGUUUUGCUUUCUCGCAGCUACAGGUUUUUUUUUCUCUCACCCCCCUUUCGGUCUUUCGUCUUCUGAACUACAGCCUCAUACGCCUUACCAUUAUUCUCAUCGGCUGCUUCUACAUUUUUUGUACCAUAGUGACACACAACAGCUGGUGAAAAUUGGAUUGCUGGCUCUUAUGACUGGAAACCCACCUCCUUUACAGCACUGUCUAUGUCAGACUGUCUUUGGCAGUACUGAAGUCUACAUUUCGGAUUUUUGACUUACCGCGCUAGCUCCUCCUUCCUGCCUGGUGCAAGGGAGUAGAGAGAUAGCUCGUGUAACUUUUUCUCUACACGCUUUCUCAGAGAUUCUGGCUCUCUGCUUUCUACGGACCACGUCUAUUAUACUUCCAUACAUUAGGUCAAAUUUAAAUUUCUUUUUUGCAGGGGCUUACCUGCCAGGUAAUACUUGGCCACAUAGAGCGCAGCAGUAUCGUCCCUAAAUAGUCAAUGUUCAACCGCGCCGCUGCAGAGUAAGGGAGCUAUAUCAACAGCACUACACGCCAAUCAAGUGUACAAGCGGCCUGGCAGAUCUGCUGAACAAUCUCAAGUGUGGUUAAGUGCACCUACAGAACACAAUGGCGCGCAGAAAGGCGUUUGCGCACAUUUUGCCUUCUUCAGUAGUUCCAGGUAUAACUACAGAUGGGGUGUUGGUGUUCGAAUGCGG